AUGCCUUCGUGCAGGAUUACGAAUUAUACGACACAACCGCUCAACGUGUGCUUGAAGCACAUUGCAGCUAUCCAUUUUGAGAACGAGGUGCAACCCGGGGCUACGGUCAAGCUCAAGCCCGGUCGGGUUUGGUUUACUCUUGAAGUGCUCGUCGAUGACAAGGAUAAUCGAUACAGCGUCGCGUCUUCCGCAGCGGCGAUUGCAAUUGUUUCGCUUGCAUGUGUUGGAACGGCAGCUUUGGCAGUCCCAGCCGUCAGUGCUGCAGGUGCAGCUGGUACCAUCGGUGCAGUUGGGAGCACAAUUGUAGGGACUGCGAGUCACAUUGGGUCGACGAUUGGGACCGCCCUUGUUGGGUCAUCGACGACAGUUGGUACAGCUGUUGCUACUGGAGGAGCUGGUAUAUUCGCUGCAGGUGAUACACUGGUUGCGGGGAUUGGAUCUAUUAUCACGACUGCCCAAGGCUUUAUCACGGCUCAUGCGGCCACUGUAGGCAAGAUAUCUGCUGCCCUCUUACCCAAAGCGAUUGAAAUCGUCGAAGAGGAGGUGGGCGGAUUUAACGCUGUCCAGAAAGAGGUCAUUUCCAUUCUCUCGUCACCCACCGUCACGAGCGAUGUACGCGAAUCGGGGCUCAACAUUCUUUCCCGAUUGGGCGUAGCUAUUGCGGCGGAUCGAGCAGCGGAAGAGGAACGAAACAAGGAGGCAGAACGACAGAAGAAUGAGCCCGCUGUCGUUGCCAUCGAAGCCGGACAGCAUCGCCGUACGGCAUCGAACAUCUUGGGCAAAGCCAGAAAGGCAAAGCAAGAGUCUGUUGUGGGCCCUCUACCGCCUUCCACCAGCCAAUCCAGUAAAGACGACGGUUCAUCGUCGUCUUCGGUGCAAGAAGAUUGCCAUGACCACGCAUCGCUGCACGGACGCCCGUCGCUGAAGCGGAUGCACACGUCCGUGUCGACGCUCGUUCACAAGUUGUCAAGCGAGGGACGUGCCCAGCGUAAAGAGGCCAAGGAAGCUGCCAAGGACAAGGAGUGGGAGGUGUGCGACUUUGACCCAGAGUGCAUGCUGUCGACGACGGAGCGGGUACGCGUUCAUGGCUUGUUCAUGAAUGAGCGCCGCCAUUUUGAGGUGCACGAACGGGAAGGCAAGCUCGUAUUAAUCGACGCGAAUACGAAAGAGGUCGUGCGGGCCUGA